GAUUAUCUAGCUCUUAUUUAGUCAUAUUUUACCAUGACACACCUUAGUCUUGGCAGCUGUAUAAAUUCUGCCAUGAAAAUGGAUGCAAGUGAUAGCAGCCGUUUAUCAUCGCGUUGGCAGCGCAAAGCUCAAGAAAGAGGUGUCUCUCGGCUUCCGUCUAGUGGUGAAAACAGUCUGUGCAACCUCUCGGCGGGUCUGAGCAUCACGCCUCGCAACAAAACUCCUCUUGCUUCCUCAUUCCUCUUGGAUGCCUCUUUUGGGUCUACCGCAACUAAUACCUCAAAGAGCCCCAGCAGAGGUUUGUUGGGUGUUCCACCCAACAAUUUUUCUGGAUUGUUGGGUGGAAAGCUUGGGAAGAGUCCCAGUAGGACUCUGAAGUUAUCUGUACGUCAAAAAACACCAACCCGCAUCACUCCCACUACCCCCGGCAGAAUUUCUGAGAACUCUUACGCAGGUGACAGAUUCAUACCGGUAAGACCCAAGGAAAUGGAGUUGGAGCGUUCACAGCAGCUGAUCAUGGAGCAGAUGAGGAAAGAUGAAGGCUUGAUAGUGGAGGAAGAGGAACUUACUCUUCAACAGAGAGAGCAUCGUGAGCGCCUGGCUGAGAACUUGAAUGAUGGUCAGCCUCUGGACCAGCGCAUUGUCCACUUUAGCACACAGGCUCCUAAGAAUAAUAACCCAGUGAACAGUCACAAGGUUUUGUACAGCGCAACUAAGGCAUCUGCAAGCAAGACCAACACCACCAGACACAUUCCUUCAGAGCCUGAGAGAGUUUUGGAUGCACCGGAGUUCAUGGAUGAUUAUUAUUUGCAUUUGGUGGAUUGGUCGUGCAACAACCAUGUUGUUGUGGCAUUGGGUGUCAGUGUUUACGUCUGGAACGCUGGUGACGGUAGCAUAGCAAAUCUAACUCAAGUCGAGUCACCAGACUACAUCUGCUCACUCUCUUGGAUUACUGAUGGUAGCGUGCUGGCCGUUGGUCUGAGUACGGGCGAGGUUCAGCUGUGGGACGUGGGCCAGGAGAAGCUCAUGCGUACGAUGGCGGGACACGAGGGGCGCGUGGCGACGCUAGCGUGGAGGGGCGCCGCGCUAAUGUCGUCUGGGGCGCGGUCUGGUCAGAUCAUCCAUCACGAUGUGAGGGUCGCGCAGCAUGCCACUGCUGUCGUCAACGCGCAUAACCAGGAGGUGUGUGGCUUGGCCUGGAACUCAGAGGGUCGCCUGCUGGCUUCUGGCGGGAACGACAACAUCGUUAAUAUUUGGGACGCUAGGAACACCACAGCGUUGCACCGCCUCUCCAACCACCAGGCUGCUGUUAAGGCGGUUGCAUGGUGCCCCUGGCAGAGCAGUGUGUUGGGCACUGGAGGAGGCACAGCCGACCGUACGAUCCGCAUUUGGAAUGCAAACUCCGGAACCUGCAUUAAAGAUGUGCUCACCAACUCGCAGGUAUCGUCGCUUGUUUGGAACGCCUCGUACAAGGAGUUGAUCACAGGACAUGGCUUCAGUCACCACCAGCUCACUAUAUGGAAGUAUCCAACGUUUACCAAAGUCGCCGACCUAACUGGCCACACAGGACGCGUUCUGGAGCUUGUGGCAUCUCCUGACGGUCAAAUGGUAGCCAGCGCGGCGGCUGAUGAGACCAUCAGGCUGUGGAAGUGCUGGCCAACGCAGGUCAAGGACAAAAAACCCGGCAGGUCUCUGGCACCAGUCUCGUCUCUUGCCAAGUCCAUCCGAUAGAGCAUUUUCGAGCUGUACUCGAAUUAACUUCGUUUUUGUUCACAUCUUCGUUCAUUAGUGUAGUUCCCUCUAUUCAUAGGACUGUUCGAAGCACCAGCUUUUCCUUACCAUUUUAAGAAACCAGCUAACUUUUACCAACUCAAUUUUUCGUUGGAAUGUAAGAAUGGUGGCGUUUUCUCAACAUUUUUUUUUUAAUUCCCAGCUGCAAAUGCUGCCGUUUUCCUUGACAUGGACGAUCGUCUGUUUCAUAGGUUACAACGGGAAAAUGCAUUUUUAACCAACGUUAUUGUGAUCAUUCCUCAUGGGUUGAAAAAAUCGAAUGGAAUUUUUCCCUUAUCACGUGCACAAUAUUUUGAAGACUUUCAUUCAGUUGUGCACUUUUUCAUCUUUUACGUCUUCUGAAACUUAGAUCUAAUUCUUAGUAUCGAAACUAACUUGAUAUUUCAAGGCUUAUUGACGCACCUGCGCAAGGUUAAAGGGAUAUUUCUGACCAUGCCAGGGCGUUCGUACAUUUCACUGGGUAUUAACAAUGUAAUUCUUUGGAUUGAAUUAACGAUUACUUUCAUUAUAUGUGCCGUGAAUAAAUUUGCCUACAGCUUUAUUCUUGCUUCUAGUGUAAUUGAUAAGAUGGAACUGCAGAAAUGCAUCAUUUGUAUCUGAAAGUCAAAUAUAUGUGGUGUUGUCUACUAAUUAAGUGAAUGCUAUUUGGACGGUCUAGAUGUUCAUUUACAGUUCACCGCUUCAUGCUCGCUGAAUGGCCGUUUUGCUCAGGCUGAAGUCUUAAUUUUAAACAGUAUAUAAUAGUUUGGUUAUACUUGCACUAACUUCGCAGUUAAAUUCUGACCGUGCUACAACGACUGCCGAUAUAUUUUUUGCGCUUUUCCAACGCUCGUUUGUGUCUGCUGACUGCGAGUUCAAUGUGAAUGUAAAUAAACUUUAUACACACAGUAUGUGCGCCUUGAUUAUACUAAGAGUCUAAGACUAGUAAUGAUCAAGUUGAUGACAAUUGCCCAGUUUUUUAUAUCGUGAGGAAUGCGUGCGCGUGCGAUAAAACAUGUUAACCUACAAGAAAUAAUCUGGGUUCUCUUAAUUAAAGGAUGAUGUCCUCAAAUAUUAUCUACGUUGGGCGACAAUGCUGUUUUAAUGCCCAAGCCUAAGGUACGAGUUGUCCGCCAAGUUAUUACCAUAUUUUGGUAAGAAUAUAUUUCCAUUUAAUAAUCUCGCUCAACGUUGUGGUUUCAGAAACCAAUUUUCUUAUGUUGAAAGCAUGCAUUCGAUCGUAAUUGUGGUAACGGCCAGGAAGUAAAAUAUCGCAUUCAA